AAACGCAGCACUGGGCACGUUCCUUCCUCAUUCGGACAGCGCAAUUGAUCACCUAGACAACCUCGCUCUCACAGAGAGACAAAAAGAUCUCCACCUUCGUCUUUUGACCCUCGCCUUGAGAGCCGACACAUGGUACCCCGACAUGGCCGACACCGACCUCGAGCUCCAACGACAGGAGGAGGAGUACCGACAAGUCAAGACAAAGGCUCGCGCAGCCGAAGCCGAGUAUCGCGCAGCAUGUCAAAACUAUCUCGCGCGAACAGAAGACAUCCGACGACUUGAAAGGGAACUCGCAUCGGCGCAGGAUAGUCUCAAGGCAUCACACGCUGUGAUGCUCCAAGCAGACGAGAAGAACAAAGCAGUUAAAAGCGAAGCGCUCGCCACCGGAAUCCGAUAUGAAGAUCGAAAGCUCGCGGCGCAGAAACUCGCUCGUGAGAAACAACUCUGCACCGACGAAAAGGCACGCCAACUCGCACAACGUCAGGCCGAAUCGUACAGACUUCAGCAGCGGCAAUCUCAACAGCGAGCAGAAGCCGAACAGAAAGCCAGGGAGGCGUGCGAAGAGAUCGUUCGCCAGGGCAUACAGCGCCGGGAGAAACUUCGCCAGGAAGCCGCGGAGCGCGCGCGGGCUCGCAUGAAGGAAGCCGAGGAACAACACACGCGCGAGGACAAGCGGCGAUGCGAUGAGCGGGCUCGAGCCAAGAGUCAGCACAACCCCAAGGAUGUCAACUUCCCCGAGAAAGUCCCUCCGACACCCAUUCCGCCAGCAACGCCAGCGAAACGCUGGUACGACCGAGUCGAGCGUGCGUUCGCUGAUUACUCCCUCAUGGAGACCUUUCCGGAUCCACCUGCGCCUCUCACUCCCUGCAAGAAACCGAACUGCGUCGCUAGCAAACCUCAUCGAGCGCUGAGUGCGUGUCCGUGCGAGAUCGAACGCCUCGUCACUUCACUUCAGCUGCCGUUGAAGAAGAUGCGGCAGGCGUUCCAUCCGGAUCGAUUCUGGAAGUGUAAGAACGAGCAUCGCAAGGGGUUUCAGAUGAAGGCGAAAGAGGUGUUUCAGGUGGUGGAUGCGAUGUUUGGCAAGGAGAAAGGAGUGGCAUAGAGAAGAUUCAUAUGAGUUGAUGCGAGAUGGGGUAGAUCGU